AUGCCCUGGAAAGGAAACUACAAUAGUGAUGACUUCCGCUGCAACACGGGUUCUUUCCAGUUUGCCGGCCAAACCGACGUCAACAAAGUGAAAGCUGGCGACCAGAUCGGAUUCGCCACAGACUUUGGCGUUUUGGUCGGACACCCUGGGCCUAUGCAAGUGUACAUGUCGAAGGCCCCGGGAGAUGUUCGAGAUUACGACGGCUCUAGUGACAGGUUCAAGAUUUGGGAGCUCGGCCCGACCUCUUUCGGUAACGAGAGCAUUCAAUGGGGCGUGACUGGGAAAUCGAACUUCACAUUCACCCUACCGAAGGAGACUCCCGCCGGUCAAUAUCUCGUUCAGAUCGAACACAUUGCGCUUCAUGGAGCUGGGGAGUUUGGCGGUGCUGAGUUUUACUUCAAUUGUGCACAGAUCGAGGUUGAGAGUGACAGCACGGAAACUCCGGGGCCAGUCGUUAAAAUUCCUAGUGUUUAUACUAGAUAUGAGCCUGGCAUUUUGUUUUACAUGCCCAACGUCUGGCCGCCCAGUAUUGGUAACUCCAUCUACGCCGAGGGUGUCACUGGCACACCCACGGGCACUUGGUCGGCGCCAGCUGUGACUCCUGUGAUCGGGUCUGCAACAGCCACGUCUAGUAGCCAGGUGACUGGAUACUCUACCUCGUUGGCCGCAUUACAGAGAGUCCAAUCUUCCUCUAGCAAUGUCCUCACCACUCCUCCGGUGACAUCUGAGGUCGCAGCCGAGACCACAUCUACCCUGAGCUCAUCAAGUCAAAUCACCGACGGUGAUUGCGGGACAGUCACGGUACUACCACAACCACUACCGCCAUACCUGAUGGUUCUCUCGCCACACCAGAGAGUGCUUGUGUUCCUGACAAAAUCACUACUACAACCACAGUCACGAUUUUUACAACUGGCAAUUGAUCUCGCUACUGGCUUCUUGGAAUAUCUUUAG